GUGCUGUCAGCGAUCGAAAACCCCCCCGACCGUGAUCGAACCGCCCUAGCCUUCUCUCAAGUGCAAUUCUUCGGCCACUACCGACCAUGACCCAUCCCGUCGCCUUAGUUUGCUCCCAUGCAUUCGCCUCGGAAGUGUUUCUCCACCUCGGAGAGCGCGCUUUCGCUCCCAAGCUCGUUGUCAUGAGCGUCGAUGACGCCCUCGUCUAGCCGGGUCGUCCGUAAUGCUACAAUUAGCAGGGCACAUGCAGUGCGAGUGUCCGCCUGCUAGCCCGUGUUCUUUUGCUCCCCCUAUAAGGCUGGCCUGACCAGUUUAUCUCGCACUCAGCAUGUCACCUUCGGCUAUCGCAGCCGACGAGGCGUGUGUAGGCAACGCCAUGAACGGCACCACAAGCGACACGUAUUCUGUCUUGGAAGAGACUCGUAAGGCACUAGACACGCUUCUUCGCGCUGCCAAAUGUCAGAUUCCUCCCGAAGUAAAGCAGACCAUUCGCCAUGUCGAAUUCACCAACGCCCACACCGGCAUUCCUGACUUUCCUGUACCGCUGAAGGAGAAUGAGGCCAUAGGAGCGCUGAAAGCUGUAGAGGCUGGCAUUGCUUCAGCCAUCGCUGACCUGGUCCUUGGAAAGCAAAAGAGAAAGGCCACCGUCAAUCUCGAGAGAUCAUCGUGCUUCCUAUUCUCGACCUACAUGGCCACGGUGGGCGGUUACGACAAAAGCAAUCCAAAAUCGAAAGCUCUGUUGAAAGAUACUGAUCUGUUGGCGGCUCAAUCGAACCUGUAUCGACGUCUGUCUGCAAAUCUCUACGAAACGAAGAACGCCGGCGAAUACUUCCAUCUGCACGGCUCGCUCGAAGCAACGACGGCUCUGAAUAUGGUUGGUCUGCCAGGCCACCGGCCCGACUUGACCAACUACCAUGCCGCGAUAAACACCAUUGAAAGUCACGUUCGGAAUUUCACGGCUGGGCAGCUGGAAAAGAUGAACGCAGAGAGACGGCAGGCUGGUGUCACAUGCUUGAAACCAGAGCAAUUCAGAGCUACAGAGCAUGGCCGAAUACUAAGCCAAGAGCCUCCGUGGCGCUUGAGCACACUAGAAUCCGAUUCUCCUGCCGUUCCUUUCACCCAGACGCUGUCGAAGACGCCGAAGCCGCAAAUACUCAAUGGCAUCAAGGUGCUUGAGCUAUGCCGCAUCAUAGCCGGACCAAGCAUGGCGAAAGGCCUUGCAGAAUACGGUGCCCAGGUCAUCAAAGUCACAUCUCCCAAUCUGUCCGACGUGCCGUUCUUCCAGGUGGACGUCAAUCUCGGAAAGCAUACGACCGACCUCGAUCUCCGCCGUCCGGCAGAUCGCGAAAGGUUCGAGGCGUUGCUGCAGGACGCCGACGUCGUCUUCGACGGCUUUCGACUCGGAGCUUUGGAACGCCUAGGCUACGGACCGAGACAGGUUGUCGAGCUCACAAGACAUAGAGGGAGAGGCAUCGUGUACGUCGCCGAGAAUUGCUUUGGCCAUGUAGGGCCCUGGGCACCAAGGCCGGGCUGGCAACAGAUCGCGGACUGCGCGACUGGCGUGGCCUGGGAGCAAGGUUGGUUCAUGGGUCUCGACGAGCCCGUUGUGCCCCCGUUCCCAAUGUCAGACUACGGCACCGGCUGCAUCGGCACGAUAGCCGCCUUGAUCGGCCUGUACAAGCGGGCAAAGCACGGCGGCUCCUAUCACGGCACGACCUCGCUCUGCCAGUACGACCUGUUUCUCCUGUCUCUGGGAACCUAUCCAAAGGAGCUCCAGGCGAAGAUCAAGGCCCAGCACGACCCUGACUUCUUCGCCCUUCGACAUUACGACAGCGUGGACGAAGUGGGCAAGAGGGCUCUCAAGACGAUGCGAAGAAUACGUCCCGAGCUGUUCGAGGACGACAGGAACACAAAGGAAACGUUCUCCAAGGCCUUCAACGCCAAAGUGAAGUACGUCAAGCCCGUGGUCGAGGUUGAGGGGACGUAUAAUGGAUUCGUUAGACAAACGAGGCCAAACGGCUUCGAUAAGCCUAGCUGGGAAGACUGGGAAGUGGAUGAAGCCAUGAUACAGUAAGAGCCAUCUUAGAGAUGAAACAACACGUUGAUUCAAAUAUUACAUUCGAGAUCUUUUCCCUUUUCUUUUUUUUUCCCUUUCUUUCUUUUUUAAUUUUGCAGAUUCUCCCAUUAUUUACAUCUUACAUAUCCG